UUUCUUGAUUUUUCUACAUUCCUUCAAGAUUCCAAUUCAAGAUUUUGUUUACACCUCAUGUUUCCACUGAAAUACCAAUUUUUACAUGGUAUCAGAGCCAUCUUCUGAUGGUCUCUAAUUCGCCUCACAAAGAAAUUUCAUAACCAAAUUUUCCUUGAAAUCAAGAAACACAUAGAGAACAACAAUGGCUGAAGAUCCAGAGAUUUUAAAACUACAGCUAGGAGAUAAUCCAGGUUUAAGCCUGGUAACUACGCUAUUGGAUGGAUCAAACUUCCUAUCUUGGAUGGAACCUUUUUCGGAUAGCAACAAAGCUUAUUCUAUGGUUCUUAGGGUAGAAAAACAAAGCGAGGUGAAUUCUGGACAAGCAUACACAACACCAAACAUGGCUAUGCAAGCUUUUAAGAAACUAGAUUUUUCAAGAAAUUUCCAGAAAAGAAAGGUUGUUGUUGACAAGAAAUCAUUGAUCUGCAAACAUUGUGGGAAAUCCGGACACUUAAAGGAAGGCUGCUUUGAAAUUAUUGGGUAUCCAGAAUGGUACAAAACAUUCUUGGAUCAAAAGAAAACCAACACACUCACUGGAAACAGAAUUGCAGUAGCUCUCAAAACAGAAGGUGAAAGAGCCAACAGCACCAUGGAUGAUAAAUCUGUUACAGAACUUGUGAGAAUAGAAUUCCACAAACUGGUUGAAGGUUUGAAGUCACAAAACUCUGCAGGAUCACAUGACUAAGGAGGUCAUUGCCAUAGCAUGCUUAGUAGGGAAACUUUAUAUCCUCAAGACUGAGUCAUUUCACAAGAAAUUCAUAGAUGACAUCCUAUGUAAUUACAGAGAUGCAGGUCUUACUCUGUCUGUUGUUCAACCUAAAAUAUGGCAUAGAAGAUUAGGCCAUUUGUCACAUCAUGUACUGAUUCAUACAGGAUUAAUUGAUAAGAAUAGAACUUCAAGCACCUUUUGUGAUGUAUGUCCAUAAGCAAAACAACAGAGACUUCCCUUUUCUUCUAGCAAUAC